ACGUCUUUUACUCAACCCACUAACAACAAAUGCUAAAAUUUAUUGAAUAAAUAAAGUUGCUCACCAAUUGACAACAUAAGAAAGCGACUGCAAGAAUUGAAAUAAAUUGCGGCGUGCUUCCCGUAAUCCCUGCUUCCGACCAACACGCACAAAACAAGAAGUACAAAGACAACAAAAAGACAGCGACAACAAAACCACCAACAUGAACAUGAACAAUGUCAAUAAAGGUGGAUACGUGCCUCCAGGCUAUUAUCCGCCGAAUGCUCCGCCAGCCGAGGGUGGACCUUACGCCCCACCGAAUGCGCCCUAUCCCAUCCCACCGCACGGAGGACCCUCACCCCAACCCCAACCAGUCAACUAUGGUUUUACGCCUGCACAGACACACGGAGGUUACGCACCAGUUCCACAAAUGCCCUACGCAGAUGUUUAUAACGGAGGAGGAGGAGGAGGAGGAGGCGGAGUGCCUUUUGGCGCUGGCGGUGGUGCUCCUGUAGUGCAGCCAUACGGGUAUCCACCAGGACCGCCUGCACCAAAUGGCCCACCCGGACACUACGGACAGGCGCCUAUUAUAACCCAGCCAGGCAUGCCGCCGGCUCAUCCUCAUCCCGGCAUGGCGCCAGGCGGACCAGCAGGCGACUGGAUGAGUAUACCUACAGGAAUUCCGAACUGUCCGCGCGGCUUGGAGUACCUUACGAGUAUCGACCAGCUUUUAGUUAAGCAAAAGGUAGAGCUUCUCGAGGCAUUCACCGGCUUCGAGACCAACAAUAAGUAUUCAAUCAAAAACGCACUUGGCCAGAAGGUCUAUUAUGCGGUGGAGGACAACGAUUGUUGCACACGCAACAUGUGCGGUCCUUCCCGACCCUUCGAUAUGAAAGUAUACGAUAAUUACCAGCAAGAGGUCAUUCACAUGUACCGUCCCUUGGCAUGCUCAGCCUGUUGCUUCCCCUGCUGCCUGCAGACCAUGGAAGUAACAGCACCGCCUGGCAACCGCAUUGGAUCCAUCGAACAGGAGUGGUCCAUCUGCUCGCCCUCGUUUCGCAUUCUCAAUCACAUUGGCGACACGGUGCUGCGCAUCGAAGGUCCCUUCUGCACCUUCUCUCUCUGCGGUGAUGUCGAGUUUAAUGUUGUCUCACUCACCGGCGAAAAGGUGGGCAAGAUCUCCAAGCAGUGGUCCGGCUUGGCGCGUGAAAUUUUCACGGAUGCAGACUUCUUUGGCAUUACUUUUCCACUCGAUUUGGAUGUUCGCAUGAAAGCUGUGCUUCUCGGCGCCACGUUCCUCAUUGAUAUGAUGUUCUUUGAGAAGUCUGGAAAUCGGGAGACCGAUCGCCCUGGCAUGUUCUAGCCUUUGUGGGAUUGCUGCUGUGUUGCCGCGGAGUUCGUCUAGCUUUUUUUACCAUUUCAACAUUUUUCAUUACGCCAGUGAAUAUUAAUAUCGAAGCUGUUAACUAUCGCAUACUAGUCUCCCUAUGGCCAAAGCUUUGAAAUAUCAAAAUAAUUAAAACUGAAACUCUACCAAAAUUGUGCUAUAAGCAAUUUACAAUUUACUACAGAUUUGAAGUAAACAUUUGUUUUUGUUUAAUCCGGAGUACAUCUUAAAUAUUAUUAUUUAUUUAUAUGUUUGCACUUAAGCAUUAUUAUAUAUCCUAUCUGCCUUUUCUAUGAAUUUACGACAAAUUGCAAUCUUGAUGAAUGUUUCGUAUAAUUGCAACGAAUAAUCAAAAGAAAACCACAAACUAUGUAGGAGGUGUCCACAUUGUACUUUAACUAUGUAUGUGUAUUUGAGUGUCUUAAUAUAUUCAAUAUAAAAUAUACAUAAUAUAAAACAUUAUAAAUAUUUAUGUCUGUCUCAUCACGAGACUGGAAAAAAAAUAUAGCUGUCUAUUAGCUUGCAAAAUGUGAAUUUCCAUGCAAAUAUAUUGAUGUUAAAUGAAACAAAUAUAAAUAUUUACCCAUUUGUUCCUCAAUGUA